AUGUCUAACCCGAGAGCCUAUACCGUGGGCUGGAUCUGCGCCAUAAGCACGGAGCACGUUGCUGCGCGGGCAUUUCUGGACGAGAUACACGAGGGACCGGGAUCUGUGUCUCCGAAUGACUGCAACGAUUACACCCUGGGCAAGAUUGGUAAACAUCAUGUCGUCAUCGCCAUCUUACCCAAUGGUGAGUAUGGUAUAGCGUCCGCUGCGAGCGUGGCACGGGAUAUGCUACAUAGCUUCUCACAUCUCAGAAUUGGUCUGAUGGUCGGCGUCGGCGGCGGUGCGCCUAGCGCCAAGCAUGACAUCCGACUUGGGGAUACUGUGGUCAGCACCCCACGCGAUGGGAAUGGGGAUGUAUGCCAGUAUGACUUCGGCAAGACGAUUCAAGACCAACGGUUCCGGACAACGGGAUUUCUAAAUCAGCCGCCAAUGGCUCUGCAGACGGCGGUGAGUGGCCUCAGGAGCCAGAUGGUUCUUGAACGAAAGCCGAGGCUGCGCAAGAGAUUCAAGCGGCCUGCCCCGGAUCGCGACAGGCUGUAUCAGAAUCGAGUUGUCCAUGAUUUAGAUAAUAUUUGCGACCACGCUGUUAUCUGUGGCAAUCAUCCAUCAGACUUGGUCGCGCGGCGCCGACGGUUGAAGGACGAGGAUAACCCGGCAGUACAUUACGGCCUGAUUGCUUCCGCAAAUAAGCUUAUGAAGGAUGCGUCUGUUCGGGAUAAGUUUGCUGCGGAAAAGGACGUGCUGUGUUUCGAGAUGGAAGCAGCGGGGCUGAUGAAACACUUCCCCUGUUUGGUCAUUCGUGGUAUAUGUGACUACUCUGACACAUAA